GAGGGAGGCGCGCUGGGAGCCUGGGCUCGGGGCGGACCGUGGCCGCAACCCCGCCGCCGCCGCCAUGGGAAAGCGGCAGCACCAGAAGGAUAAGAUGUACAUCACCUGCGCCGAGUACACGCACUUCUAUGGGGGCAAGAAGCCGGAUCUCCCACAAGCAAAUUUUCGUCGCUUACCUUUUGAUCACUGCAGCCUGUCGCUGCAGCCCUUUGAGUACCCGGUGUGCACCCCCGACGGAGUCGUCUUUGACUUACUGAAUAUUGUGCCUUGGAUAAAGAAGUACGGGACCAACCCCAGCAGCGGAGAGAAGCUGGAUGCCAAGUCUCUGAUCAAGCUGAACUUCACAAAGAAUAAUGAAGGUCAAUACCACUGUCCAGUGCUGUUCACCGUCUUCACCAACAACUCACACAUUGUGGCGAUCAAAGGGACCGGCAACGUGUACGCUUACGAGGCCAUAGAGCAGCUGAACAUCAAAACCAAGAACUUCAAAGAUCUGCUGACGGACGAGCCCUUUUCCCGCCAGGACAUCCUGACGCUGCAGGAUCCCACCAACCUGGACAAGUUUAAUGUGGCCAAUUUCUAUCAUGUUAAGAACAAUCUAAGAGUCCUGGACCCAGACGAAGAGAAGGCCCGGCAGGACCCAACGUAUUAUCUGAAAAACACCAAUGCUGAGACCCGCGAGACCCUGCAGGAGCUCUACAAAGACUUCAAAGGGGACGAGAUCCUGGCAGCAACGAUGAGGGCUCCAGAAAAGAAGAAGGUGGACAAGCUGAACGCGGCUCAUUAUUCCACCGGAAAGGUCAGUGCCUCCUUCACCUCCACAGCCAUGGUCCCUGAAACAACCCACGAAGCAGCCGCCAUCGACGAUGACGUUGUCCGCUAUCGGUUUGUGAAGAAGAAGGGCUACGUCCAGCUGCACACCAACAAGGGGGACCUCAACCUGGAGCUGCACUGUGACAUGACUCCCAAAACGUGUGAAAACUUCAUCAAACUCUGCAAAAAGAAUUACUACGAUGGGACCAUCUUCCACAGGUCGAUCCGAAACUUUGUGAUCCAGGGUGGGGACCCAACUGGCACAGGGACAGGGGGUGAGUCCUACUGGGGGAAGCCCUUCAGGGACGAGUUCCGGCCCAACCUGUCACACACGGGCCGCGGCAUCCUCAGCAUGGCCAACUCUGGGCCCAACUGCAACAAAUCCCAGUUUUUUAUCACUUUUCGGUCGUGUGCUUACCUGGACAAGAAGCACACCAUCUUUGGAAGAGUUGUUGGUGGCUUUGACACCCUCACAGCCUUGGAGAACGUGGAGAGUGACCCCAAAACUGACCGGCCCAAGGAGGACAUUCGAAUUGAAUCCGCCACAGUCUUUGUGGACCCGUAUGAAGAAGCCGAUGCUCAGGUUGCUGAAGAACGGGAGAAAACCAGAAUGGAGGAGGCCCCCAAGGUGAAGGCCACCGUGGCCCCGUCGGGCCCCCGGGUUUACCGUCAGGGAGUGGGCAAAUACAUCUCCCCUGAAGUCACGAAACGAGCUGCAGAGGAGGAGCCCUCAACCAGCGCUGCCGUGGCCGCCAAAAAGAAGCCCGGCCGGGGUUUUGGGGACUUCAGCUCCUGGUGAUGGCCUCAGCUCGGGGCACCCUCUGGAGACAGAUGCACUUCAGGGCCCGGCCAGCCUUGGCUCCAGGGAGUGGCCUGAAAUAAAGUAGGAUG